CGUAAAACAUUUUUACGACACCAGCGCUGGUUUUCUGGCAAAUAUGGCAGCACCUUAGGUCUUUUCAAACAAAACGAAAUAUGUUGUCCCAGUAAUCUUGCUGUACGUCCGUUUAAAUAUCAAACAUUUUCAAGCUGUUACAAUAUAGUUUUCUCUCUGUUCAUCUGCCAUGGCUGGCGUUAUGGAAACAGAGGAGCAGGCAAGACACCGUUUCCAGCUGGAGUUAGAGUUUGUUCAGUGCCUGGCGAACCCGAACUACCUAAACUUUUUGGCUCAAAGAGGUUAUCUGAGAGAGAAGCCUUUUGUCAAUUACUUAAAGUAUCUACUUUACUGGAAAGAACCAGAAUAUGCUAAAUUCCUGAAAUAUCCUCAUUGUCUGCAUAUGUUAGAGCUGUUGCAGUAUGAGCACUUCCGAAAGGAGCUGGUGAAUGCACAGUGUGCCAAGUUCAUAGACGAACAGCAGAUCCUGCACUGGCAGCAUUACUCACGGAAGCGGACACGCUUGCAGCAAGCACUUGCGGAGCAGCAGCAGCAACAGCAGCCACAGGCUCCAUCCCAUGGCAACCUAGCAUCCAAAUGAGGCAGUAUACAUGCUUCUGCUGGGAAUUACUCUGUCACAAAUGCUUUUUGUAAAAUGUAAUUUUCAAAUGGACUUUUUCCAAAUUUUAAAUAGGAUUUGGACUUUUAGACUGCUCUUUGUAGGCCCAUAAUAUCAUGUGUGUCUGUGAACAACUGGAGAGAAAGGUAAAAGAGCUUCAAGGAAGGUAAGAGGAGAAUGAUUAGAUUGCUGUCUUAUGGUUGCUUUUUUGCGAUGUCAAAGAACUUACUGAAAUGUAUUUAAAUUCUACAUCAAAAUUUGUUUCUUUAUCACCAGCCACCUGUUAAAUGCUUUACCGUAUAUUAUGUAAGAUGUAUGUAUUAUGUUUAUGUGUGCAUUUUGGACAAAAACAGAAACCAAAAUAAAAAUAAAAAAGCAAUUUUUAAA